AUGGAUCAGGAAUCUCGGAUCGAGGACGCCAUCCGCGAGGUUAGGCAGAUCGGAGACACUGAUUCUACCCACGUACCCUGGGAACGACGCCUUCAUAUCGCCCGGACGGCCAUCGCAACAUUUGACUCAGCCGGCCUCAUGCAAAUGCCCAACCGAACGGCAGACCGGACGUUCGUCAUUGCCACGUUGCAGAGAAUCGCAUACCAUGAUGCCGAAACUGCUGGCGUGGUCGAUCUCGCGGAGUGGUGUGUGAAUCAAUGGCUAUCAUUAUUGCAAAGGAACGCUGAAGAUCUUACCGCGCUUAGGGGACUUGGACAGGCGUGGUUGGCCCGAUCUCAGAACGGCCUUGCUCGGAUCCACCGAACGGAGGGCAGUUCUUCUAGUGGGAGCAGUGGCCGACCGCAGAGCCUGAGCGACAGGUUGGCCUACUCGUCCUCGGAGGAAGCGAGGGACGCAGAGCGCGCGACCACGGAAGCUGACGCAAGAGCACACACUGCCGACUAUGUAGAAGCGCGUGGCAUGCUGAUCCCAGCGGUGGACUACUUUUCCAGAGCCAUCGAGGUCGCCGAACGGGGAGGAGUGCUCGCAGGCGAGCUGCUUUCAGAGGUCAGGACAUAUUCCGUCUUUGGGCUUCGUGCCCUUGCCAUCUCCACACUUCCCAUUUCGUUCUCAUGA